AUGGGGAAGAAGCUGGACGCGUUGUUUGGUCGGACUUUCAAAACCAACAAGUUCAAGUCUCUUCUCAACUUAGCUCUCACGAGGCUCUCUAUCCUCAAGAACCAACGUCAAGCCAGAUUCUCUCAGGCCACCUCUGACGUCACCGAGCUUCUCAAGCUCGGCCAACACGACAACGCUUACCACAGAGUCGACCAAGUCAUAAAAGACCAAAACACCCUCGACGUUUUCUUCUUCGUCCAUGGCUACUUCACUCUCUUGCUCGACCGUGUUCACCUCUUCGAGCACAACAGAGAUUGCCCUGAAGAGCUUCUUGAAGCUGUUUCCGGUCUUCUAUUUGCAGCUUCUCGAAUCGGCGAGUUCCCUGAGCUUCAAGAGAUUCGUAACGUUUUGAUUUCGCGUUUUGGCAAAGAUCUCGCGGCUAGUUCCAUUGAGUUGCGCAGUAAUUGUGGAGUCAAUCCCAUAAUAAUUCAGAAGUUGUCUACAAGACAUCCAUCGAGAGAAGUUAGAAUGAAGGUCCUGAAGGAGAUCGCUGCAGAGAAUAACAUAGUUCUGAAACUAGAAAGAGCUUCUUCUUCUUCCACUGAGGGAACAACAUCUGAUGUUUCCAAGGCUAAGUUAACAAGUGAAGAUAGAGUAGAAGAUGAAGGCUAUGAGGUAUCUGAUUCGGUCAAGAGAGGUAAAAAGAAGUACAAAGAUGUGGCUGAUGCAGCGCAAGCAGCGUUUGAGUCAGCGGCUCAUGCUGCAGACGCUGCACGAGCAGCUGUGGAGCUUUCUCAGUUUUCUCCUCGUGGACCAGACAAUCGGGGUAAUUCAUCUAACCUUUCAGAAAACAAGAAACCAGAACAAGAACAAGAAGGUGAUGAUGAUGAUUUCUCAGAAGGUGAAGGGGAUGAUGUGAGGUCGGAAUCUAAGAGGUCUAAGUCGGAUUCAGAAGAAAUUAUCGAGGAUGUCCCAGUGAUGUCAUUUAGAGAAGACCCUGUGAAGUUGUUGGACAAGGAUGUUGUUAUCUACGAUAGCGAGGAAGAGUCUCCAUAUGGUGUUAAGACUAAUACUACUAUCAAAGAUGAGCAAGAUCUUAUGCAUGGUUCGAAUAGAGCAGAUACAGGACAUGUGGACCACAUGGUUCACUCGGUUGAACAUCCUAUUAUGCGUAAAGUGGGUUUGAAGAGUCCGAUAUCAGUAAGGACCAGACAGGUUCGUGGGUACUAA